UUGUUGGGAGACGAGACUACGUCAUCUGGGAAGACGCUGACUUCCAGCUCAGGAUCAGCCUGCUGGUAACUCAGGGAAGUUGUAUAUCCACUGAAAACACCCUUAAAAAAAAAAACUUUUACCGUAGCUUUUGUUAAAACUUCGUCGACUUAUUCUUAAACUCGCAGCUAAACGAUGUCGUUUGUCCCAGGCAAACCAGUGACUGCAGUCGUGCAAAAAAUUGAGAUCCAGAAAUUGCGCCAAGGAGACAACCUGAUUCUGGGCUUCAGCAUUGGAGGUGGCAUCGACCAGGACCCUGGGCAGAACCCCUUCUCGGAGGACAAGUCAGAUAAGGGAAUCUAUGUGACCAGGAUAACUCCAGGAGGACCAGCAGAGGUUGCAGACUUGAGGGUAGGAGACAAAAUCAUGCAGGUGAACGGCUGGGACAUGACCGUGGUGACUCACGACCAGGCUCGUAAAAAACUGACCAAGAAGAAGGAGGAGGUCGUGAGGCUGCUGAUCACCAGGAAGUCCCUGGAAGAAGCUGUGAAACACUCUAAGGGCUGUCAUCCCCGGCAGUGAUGGAGGGGCGCUGCCUACGUGGGACUGAACAUUUCCAUGAACGUUAAAGACUUUUUCCUAACGCAGCUGCACUGUGGCCUUUAAACCCACACCGACGAUGCUUCCCCAGCCUGUCCGAUUAACGUUUAGGUGACCAGCUAUCUAAGGCCUAUAAAUGUAUCGGCUGUCCCUUUUUUUUUUUUUUUUUUAAAGCUGUUUGCAUCUAUUGUAACUCAGCGGGAGAUGUAAGCGAGUUAGACCUUCACGUUUCAGCACAAGAAUGUAAUGCUAAGUUCUCCGCCGCUUUUUGGGACCUUUUGACUGCAGGGCUGAACAAUUUAAGCUUAGGAGAACAGCCGUGUUGAUUGUAUUACUGAGGGUAGAACAAAAUCAUUCAUUCUCAUCUGGCCUAUGUUUUUUAAAAGAAUCCUGUAAACAUUAUUGGAGUUAUUUGGAAUCAGAUCCUGGGCACCAUCAUGAAAAGCACAUUAAUCAGUUUGCAGGCAGUUUUCCUCUUAUUUACAACAACAAAAAAACAAUAUUCUGCCAUCCAGACUGCAGCAAUUAAACCAAAGUUUAAGCCAAACAUUUAGUACAGUAUGUAAUGCAGGGUCUGACAUACUUUUUUCCUUCUAGCUAACGGUACAGUCUGUGUAAAAUCUGUACACGAUCAGGGUUUCUUCUUAUUCACUGGUGUCUUGCUUUUGGUUGAUUCAGUUUCUCUAUUUGCUUAAAGUAUCAAAUUCUAAAAGCAUUUAUUUAACUUGUGACUCUUCCACCACCUCGUCCGAACAGUAUUUUAGACAUUUAUCCUUUUGGUGACACUGGGUAAAGAGUUAAAAAUCGUGUUGCUCUAUUUUAUUAGAAAUCUGUCCCGCUACAACUGGCUUUGUACAGAUCAAAUCAAGACAUUUUUUAUUAUUACAACUGGACAAAAGUCAAGUUGAAAUGUAUUAAUUUAUCACCUUAAACAAUCAACUGUGGUCAUUUGCUCCCAUUUUCUCUUUUUAUUUGCGUUUUCUGGGUUAAACAUCCGUUAUGUCGGCCCACAGAUGACAGAACCUUUUUGAGAUGACGUGUUUAAUCAAUAUCCUAAUUAAUCUUUAGAGUUUGUAUUACAACACAAAAUAUGGUAUAUGUUUACUAAUCUGAGUGGCAAUGGUUUUUUGAUACAUGUUUGAUUGAAAAUACAGUUCUAUGUUUUUCAUUGAGUUAUUAGAGUUGCACAAUAAAAACCUUUUGAAUUAAUUA